UACACAGAAGUCAUCGUCUCUGUGUUCAUGAUACAGGGAAUCAUGCGGAUAACAUUUGCCUGUUUGCUGCUGCUUUGUGCAACCGUGCUCUCUCAGGAUGCAAACGUCUCUCAGCGUUACAGAAAAUUCAUAGAGCAGCAUAUCAAGGGGACAAUGAGUGCGGACCGUUGUGACGAUGAGAUACGAACUAGACGCAUCUCCAAAACCAACAGCAAUGAGUGUAAAGAGACCAACACCUUCAUCCAAGCCACCACCAAUUUAGUUAGAGCCAUCUGUGAGCGUGCAGGAGAGCCAUAUGGUGACAUGACCAAAAGCCUCCAACCUUUCAGCAUUGUAGUCUGUAAACUGAGAAACCAGGAUGCAAGACAACCCCGCUGUCAGUACCGUGGUCAACGGUACACCAGGAGAAUUGCAAUCAAAUGUGAACAAGGCUUUCCUGUGCAUUUUGAAAGGGAUAUUGUACACUUUGAAAACUGAUUAAACAGUACCUGUGUACUCCAGCCUCCUGUUAAAUAAAAAACAUUUGACAGCUCACA